GCGACCUCUAAAGCAUCUUUCAAACUGUUUUUUUCACCACUCAAUGUGCAACACCCCUAUCUACUUUGCAAAAGCCAAAUCUCAUUUUCAUCAAUUUUUUUUUUUUUCUAAUAUUAUAAUAUCACACUCUCCAAUAUUACCAACCUUUGUUCCUUACAUUUGUUUUUCUUCUCACUUCUCUUCUUCCUCUAUUAAUCUUCUCACCAACUUUUUUUUUUUUUUUUUUUUUCCAACUGAUUAAGAGCUCAGGGAGGAGUGACCAAACAUGGCACAAAUACUUGCACCUAGCAUGCAAUGUCAGAUGAAACUCUCAAAAGGUUUGACAAGUUCAUUGACCCCAAGCCCUUGGACUUCCAUAUUGUUAAAACAAGGUCAAAAGGGAUCAGUUAAGUGCUCAACCAAGCUUAGAGUAUGUUCUUCUCUCAAGUCUGACAGCGGCACCAUAAACAGGGUGGAGCAACUACUCAAUUUGGACGUCAGUCCAUACACUGACAAGAUUAUUGCAGAAUACAUUUGGAUUGGAGGAACUGGAAUUGAUCUUCGUAGCAAAUCAAGGACUAUCUCAAAACCUGUUGAGCAUCCAUCUGAGCUUCCCAAGUGGAACUAUGAUGGUUCAAGCACAGGACAAGCACCAGGAGAAGACAGUGAAGUAAUCUUAUACCCCCAAGCAAUUUUUAAGGAUCCAUUCCGUGGUGGUAACAAUAUCUUGGUAAUCUGUGAUGCAUACACACCUGCAGGAGAACCAAUCCCAACUAAUAAGCGACACAAAGCUGCUGAGAUCUUCAACAACCAAAAGGUUGUUUCUGAGGUUCCAUGGUUUGGAAUAGAGCAAGAAUACACACUGCUUCAACCAAAUGUUAAUUGGCCCUUGGGAUGGCCUGUAGGAGCCUAUCCUGGUCCCCAGGGUCCAUACUACUGCGGUGUUGGUGCUGAAAAAUCUUUUGGACGUGACAUAUCUGAUGCUCAUUACAAAGCUUGCCUGUAUGCUGGAAUUAACAUAAGUGGAACCAAUGGGGAGGUUAUGCCGGGCCAGUGGGAAUUCCAAGUUGGUCCUAGUGUUGGUAUUGAUGCUGGAGAUCAUGUCUGGUGUGCCAGAUAUAUUCUUGAGAGGAUUACUGAACAAACUGGUGUAGUCCUGACACUUGAUCCAAAGCCAAUUGAGGGUGACUGGAAUGGUGCAGGUUGCCAUACCAAUUACAGUACAAAGACGAUGAGAGAAGAAGGCGGAUAUGAAGUGAUAAAGAAGGCUAUUUUGAAUCUGUCUCUACGCCAUGGAGAUCAUAUCAGUGCAUACGGAGAAGGGAAUGAAAGAAGGUUGACUGGGAAGCACGAGACUGCAGACAUCAACACAUUCUCUUGGGGUGUUGCCAAUCGUGGUUGCUCAAUCCGUGUAGGUCGUGAUACAGAAAAGGAAGGGAAAGGGUACCUAGAAGACAGGCGACCCGCUUCAAACAUGGACCCUUACGUGGUUACAGGUUUGCUAGCUGAGACAACAAUUCUUUGGGAACCCACACUUGAAGCUGAGGCACUUGCAGCUCAAAAACUCUCUCUUAAUGUGUAGUUCCAUUAUCAACAAACCCUUUACUAAUUACAAGGGUCAAUAUUGAAUGUUUCAUCAAUGAACAUUGUAUUUUUUAGUUUUUUAGUAUCUUGGGGAGUGUGAAUGCUUUCUCUCUUGAUCCCAGCUGUUGAGCUGUUUGUUUUGGAGUUGAUAAAUAACAAUGUCAUAUUAUGAUUUGAGGGUUACGCAUCUAAAUUUUGCUUUUAUGAAGCUACAAAACGGUUUUCUUUUGGUA